AUGUCCGAUGCCAAAGGCCACUCACUGGAAGAAAUCAACACUUUGUUCGACGAUGAAGUGGCUGGCCGCUUGAGCCACCUCAGCGAGCAGGAGAAACGUGUUCUCGACGCUCGUAUACUUGGGGAGGUAUGUGUUACAAAUGGCCAGGCUCUGCCGACGGCUUCUGAGGAGUCUUCCGUGUCCGAGAAACCUUUCAAAGCCUAG